CACGAUAGUACCGAACCAAUGACAGGUCAUAUUUAUAUAGUUGCUUGCCACGUAAACGAGAACAAGGUGUAACGAAAAACAAAUUCUUUGUGAUCUGUCAAACAGAUGACUGUUCAAUCGGUGUAUCCGCCUUGAAAUAAUUAUUUUAAAGUGAUUCAAGUGAGGGGUCCCAAAAUGACGACCCAAGUACAAGCUCUGUAUGACUUCUCAGGGGAGCCCAACACCACGGAAAUGUCAAUAACAUGUGGUGAAAUAUUAACAUUAAUUAAUACUGAAAUUGGUGAAGGCUGGUGGGAAGGAAGAAAUUCUAAAGGCGAGACUGGUUUAUUUCCUGCUGCUUAUGUACGUAAACUAGCACCUGAGGAAUCAGUUCAGACUAAAGCAGCACCAGCAGCUCCCAGGUACGACCAAGCUAAUGAUGAUUGGGGUGAUCAACAAUUUAGUGCUGGAGACAGCAACUUCCAAAGAGGCACCUCCCAUGAAGAAGGCUGGGACGAUGACUGGGAUGAUGAUACCUACUCUGAAAUAGGACCAGUCCAGCAACAAAACAAAACUCAGUACAACCAGCAGCUGACCCCCCUGCCGGGCAUGCCCAUUAGUGACUAUAACCACCACAAUGAAGAUACUGCUUCGAACUAUGGAUCAUCUGUAGGAACAGUGAAAAAGAAUUCCUCUUUCAAACCUUCAUCAAAGGUUACUGGUGAGAGUUACCUACUUGCCACAUUAAAUGUAGAGGUACCAGACUCUGAAAAAGUUUACAUAGUUCAAGAAGAAGAUAGAUACGAGUGGUGGCCAAUAACACAACCAUACACUGUCACGGUGGCCUCUCCAAAGAAAGAAUCCAAGUUCAAGGGCAUCAAAAGUUUUAUUGCUUAUCAAUUGACACCAUCAUUCAAUAACAUUCAAGUCUCUAGAAGAUACAAACACUUUGAUUGGCUACAUGAAAGAUUACAAGAAAAGUUUACACUCAUCCCCAUUCCACCAUUGCCAGACAAGCAGAUCUCUGGCAGAUAUGAUGAACAACUAAUAGAACGUAGAAGAGUACAACUUCAGGAAUUUGUAGACUGGAUGUGCAGACAUCCAGUGCUAUCCAAAUGUGAAGUAUGGCAACAUUUUCUCACUUGUACUGAUGAGAAAAGAUGGAAAGCCGGUAAACGGCAAGCUGAAAGAGAUGCCUUAUUAGGUCUAAAUUAUUGCAUAUCAAUAGUAGUACCUGAAAAAGCUUUAUUGCAAUCCCAAGUGGACCAUAUUGCUGAGCAAUGCCAUAUGUUCAUCAACAGUAUGGACACUUCAGUCAAGUCAGUCGCUAACAUGUGUAUGGCCCACACUAAGAAACUUCAAACCUCCUACAAGGCAGAUUGCCAAAAAGUUGGUGAAGCUUUUUGUAGCCUGGCAGCCUCACUAAGUUUAGAUGAAGGAUCACUAGCGUCAACCUCGAAACUAACUACUGCAAUCAAAAUGACUGGUAGUGCAUACAUUGACAUAGGCAGAAUGUAUGAUGACCAACCAAAAUACGAUUGGGAACCAUUAGGUGACAAAUUUCAUCUAUACAAAGGAAUUGUGGGAGGUUUCCCUGAUGUUCUAAAUACACACAAGAGUGCAAUUCAGAAAAAACGUGAGUACGAGAGACAGACGGCUGAAAACAAGAUGCAAGUAGCACAACUUAAUGAAGUAAUACGAAGAACCGAUGUUGUAUCUUAUUCACUUCUUGCCGAAAUUAAUCACUUCAAGGCCGAAAGAACAAAAGACCUGAAUGCAACAAUGCAGAAAUUCUUAAGGCAGCAAAUCACUUUCUACAAAAGAGUGGUUGAGAAGCUAGAAACUACUCUCAAAUAUUAUGACGAAUAAGGAAAUGAGCCAAGGAUUUGAUAAGUAACUGAUAGCUUGUAACUAAAACCAUCACAGAACUCUUUACAGAGAAACAUAUUAGUGUUACAUAGUGCCAGGGUAAGCUUAUACAAUCUGACAGUGGGUAGGGAUGUGAUUACUUCUCCUCAUCGAUAAUUUAAUACAAAUUGUCGCGAAUGUAAACUACUCAAACAAAUGAGUAAGAACUAGGUGCAUUGUUUUAUCAAAUCCGAUAAAAGUGUUUUGAAGUACUAAUAAAUAAUAAAAACAAAAACUUGAGUAAUCACUUAAAUGUAUUUAGACAUUAUUCUAGUAGAAAGAGGACACAAUGGUGACUCCUGCUGUUCCCUAACACUUCUUGCCUUCAUGGGAAAAGCAUGAAAAUAUUACUAGGUGGAAAUAAGUAGCUUUUGCUUAAGACAGUUACAUAAACUAGAUUAAUAUGAAAUAUGUUGCCAGGCAGUGUGGUCUCUCUCCUGCUUUCUACUUGUGUAAUCUACAUAAAAAAUAUUGGUAUUUAUUUAAAAAUAAUCAAAUGUAUUCUGUAAUUGUUUAUUAAAAUUCAUGUAAUCCCAAGGAUUAUAAGGCAGUAUUGAAAUUAAGGUUGCAUAGAAUGAAUUUACAUUGUGAUGAACUAAGGGACUGAAUGAAACUGUAAUGAUGUUAAUCAUUAUUGCUUAACUUUUUACAAACUCGAUUUUCCUGUAUAUAUUUUUGCACUCUUACAAGGUCAUAAUACAAUUUUUUAUGUAUACAUAGUUUUAUUUUAUCAAAUUUACUAACUGUGGAUCAAUUAUUUUGAGACGUUUUGUUGUAUAAUUAUUUAGAUUAAGUGUUGUACUAUAUUCCACUUUUAUAAGCUAUUUUAGGAAUUUAAUUAAAUAAAUAAACAAUGUAAUUCGUU